AUGUCCUCGUUCCCAUAUCCUACUGCUGUUUCUAGGGACGAUUUUGCUCCGACGGAAGAAGAGUUUAAUGCUGAUGCUUUUUUGUACACCCACCAUCGAUAUGCGUCGUUGGAUUCUCUUUUAAAGGACUUGAAACGACUUUCUGACAGUCUCAAUGAUGAACUUUUAAAUCUUGUAAAUGUCAAUUACGCCGAAUUUAUCCGUUUAGGGAAGCUGAUAGACGGCGGGUUGGACGUGGUUAACAGUAUCCAGGUGGAAGUGAAGCGGUUUUCGAAACAACUUCAUGCUACAAAUGCAAAUUUGACAUCCUGUUCACAAACAGUCAAAGACCUUAUCGGUGCUCGCAAACGUCUUUUGUCGUUGAAAACAAGCAUUAAACUUUGUUCUGUGCUCAAUGACCAUGUAACAAACUUCCAGACCCUCUUGAACCUCGAUAUGGAUACUGCCAACGAUGAAAGUCUUCUUCAACAUUUGAAAAAUUUGACUUCACUUUAUCUUUCAUUUAGUCAUUUAUUUGGAGUGGUUCUGGAAACUCAUGGGGAUGUUGUAUUUGUUAACAAGAUUUUGCGGGACAAGAUCAUGUCGUGUAAAUUUGAGUUCAAUGCUUAUUUAGACGAGGUGUCGCAGAAUAAGCUCCGAGACCGGACCAAAUCCUCAGAAAUUAUUCUUGAACUUCUUAAUAUUUACAAGAUUACGGGUCGAGAGUCUAGCAUGACCAAGUUGGCGAAGCGGUGA